ACGGCCUAUUCAAAUCAGAAGUUCAUCUCAAAUCAUCUGUAGCUUUUUUUUUCCAUUAUUCUCAUAUAAUCAUCCAUAGUUUUUUUCCAUUAUUCUCAUUUUUCUUCUUAUUUUCCUCCCAUUCAUAUACACAUUUUUUCUCUUUAUUCAUUUUUUUAUUCAUUCAUAUUUGCUAUCCGCUUAUUUGUUGCCAACAGCACACGGUAACCCAUCUUUUGGCGAAACCGUGCCUACUUAUCUUGACUUCGGUGGAUCUUACGGGUACCGGUGUGUCCUAAGUGGCUAAGGCCGUUGACCUACCUUUGAAACGGCUGUAAUAGAAUACAACUAGCAUGUCCAGUCUUGUUGGAUCUGUAGUCAAUGUUUGUAUAAUGACUAUAUCUAUCUAACUUUAAUUAUCAGUGAUUCAAAACUCAAACCAAAAACAAAUGGAACUGGAAACGAUACUUCGAAAAUGUAUUGUAUCGGGUAAGUCAGAAGGACAAUUAGAAGAAAAUGAAAAAAAAGAAGACGAAUACUUUCAAAAAAUAUAUGAACAAUGGAAAGGCACUAAAGCUAAAGACAAAGACUUAACUUAUAAAGUCAUUCCUAAAUUUUAUUUCAAGUUACCUAAAGAAGAUGAGAUUCUGCCGCAAAAGUUACGAGAAGAAACACGAGCUUUAUUUUUGCAAAGACGUUCGCGACAGUUACUUGAUAAUAACGAACUUAAAGCAUUAUGGGUAUUGUUAGAUAAACAUCAUAGUCCACCUUUAUCAGGGGAAGAACAGUUAAUAAAUUAUGAAGAUUUCAAGAAAGUGGGUAAAUUAGCUGGUGCAAAAUGCAAUCCAUAUUUCACUGCUGUUGUAUUUGCUAAGUUACAGCAGGGUGAUCCUCAUGGCAGGAUUAGCAUAAUGGCAUUAUUUAAUUAUGUUAUGAGAAAAGUUUGGUUGCAUCAAACAAGAAUUGGUCUUUCUUUAUACGAUGUUACUGGUCAGGGAUAUCUCAGAGAAUCAGAUUUAGAAAACUAUAUCCUAGAAUUAAUACCAACUUUGCCCCAGCUUGAAGGACUUGAGAAAUCUUUCCAUUCAUUUUAUGUUUGUACAGCAGUCAGAAAAUUCUUAUUUUUUCUUGAUCCUCUUAGAACUGGCAGAGUUAGAAUACAAGAUAUUUUAGCAUGUAGCUUUUUGGAUGAUCUAUUAGAACUGAGAGAUGAAGAUUUACCAAAAGAUUUGCAAGAAGCAAAUUGGUUUUCAGCUCCAUCUGCUCUUAAAGUUUAUGGGCAAUAUCUUAAUCUUGAUAGGGAUCAUAAUGGAAUGCUCAACAAAGAAGAACUUGCAGGAUAUGGCACAGGAACAUUAACUGGAGUAUUUUUGGAAAGAGUGUUUCAAGAAUGUUUAACUUAUGAGGGAGAAAUGGAUUACAAAACGUAUUUGGACUUUGUUUUAGCAUUAGAAAAUCGACACGAACCACAAAGUUUACAUUAUUUAUUUAGAAUUCUUGAUAUUAAUAAUCGUGGUUAUCUUGAUACCUUCUGCCUUAAUUACUUUUUCCGUGCUAUACAAGAACAAAUGACAAUGCAUGGUCAAGAACCAGUAAGGUUUGAAGACGUAAAAGAUGAGAUCUUUGAUAUGGUAAAACCAGCAGAUCCAUGUAAAAUUACAUUGCAAGAUUUAUUGUCAUGUGGUCAAGGCGAUACAAUGGUUAGUAUUUUAAUAGAAUUCCAUGGUUUUUGGGCAUACGAAAAUCGUGAAGCCAUGGCAGCUGAUACUGGUGAUGAAUCAUCUCAUGUUUAAAAGAGAAACGUUCACAAAAUAUGUGAUACAUUCCAGCAAAUGGCUAAACACUCUUCAAUUUUGUUAAUAUGUAUGUUUUAACAAUAUUUACAGCAGAAUUUGUAUUUGUAUUAAGUGAUAUUAAUACUGUUUGUAAUAAAAAUAUUUUUCUAAAAAACCAGUUUACCAUUAAUGUACUUUUAUCUUUAAUAUACAGUAAUAGAAAAUUUUAUAAUAAUAGAUAGCAACUUUGGUUUUUUAUAUUAAAUCGAAAUAUAACCAAAACUAGCUCAAAACUGUUGCGUUUGUGCGGCUAAGUGGUUGGAGUCAAAAGUUACAGGUUUCAAUUUUUCUAUAUAAAGUCUAUGGGUCGUACAUUUUAGCUUAGGCGUC